AUGGCCGAGAUUGGUACUGCAGUUGCUGAAAGAGUAGUGGACUCAUUGUUUGUUGUGGUUAAAAAAGAGAUUGGGUACAUGUGGAACUGCUCAGAAUAUGUUGAAAAUUUCAGACGUGAAGCUAAAGAACUCGAAGUUAGGAGGGGGAAGGUUCAAGAACUGGUAGAUAUAGCCAUCCAUAAAGGAGAUAAACUCUCUUAUGGAGUGGAAGACUGGGUGAAGGAGGUAGACACUGAAUUAUCCAAGGCAGGCGAAUUUCUUCAAAGGGAAGCUAAUGCCAAUAAGACCUGCUGCAAAAUAGGUUUGUGUGGUAACUGGGGAACACUUCAUCAUUAUGGUAAGACUGCAACAAAGAUGGCUCCUUCUCUACUGCAGCUCCAAGCACGUAGCAGCGCUUAUGAAAGUUGUGUCUCUGUUGAAACUCCUCCACCUGGACCACUAGAUGUUUAUCAAAAAAAAAAUCUUGAUGAUCUUGAUACCCACAAUUCAGCUUUGGGGGAUAUCAUUAAGUCUCUAGAAGAUGAUAGCAUACAAAUAACUGGAAUUUAUGGGUUGGGAGGCGUAGGGAAAACGACAUUAGCCCUGGAAGUUGCUGCAAGAUUUAAGAAGACUAGUAUGUUUGUUGAUGUUGCUUUUACAACCAUCUCACAAAAGGUGGAUGUUGAGAAGAUUAAAAAAGAUAUUGAAUAUGCAACGAAGCGAAUAAUGAAAGGGGACAAUAUUCUAAUCAUAUUAGAUGAUGUCUGGGAGAAAUUAAAUCUGGAAGAAUUGUGCAUUCCAUGUGGAAGUGAAUACAUGAAUUGUAAGAUUUUGCUGACGUCUAGAGAUAGAAAAGUAUGCAAGAAUAUGAAUGCUCAAAGUAUAAUUUAUGUAGACCCUUUGCCAACAGCAGAGGCAUGGAUUCUUUUUAAACGUGUGGUUGGCGAAAAAGUGGAGACCGAUGCCAAUUUGAAUCCAGUUGCAUUGAAGGUUGUUGAAGAAUGUGGUGGAUUGCCAUUGCUCAUUCAAGCCAUAGGAAAUGCUUUGAAAGAUGAAAACAUCGAAUCGUGGAACUGGGCUCUUACUCAACUGCAGAAACAUGUACCAUUGGAUAUCGAUGAGGAGAUACUGAAAUCGUUUACUCAUUUGAAGCUAAGCUAUGACUAUCUUAAAAGUGAAGAAGCCAAGUCGUGCUUCUUGCUCUGUAGUUUGUGGGAAGAAGACUUUAAUGUUUCACUCGAAGACUUGGUAUUUUAUGGGGUGGGUUUAGAAAAGUUUAAUGACCUGGAUAGCAUAGAGGAUGCCAGAGGUAGGGUUCGGAAUGCAGUGAAUACCCUCACUUCGUCGGGCUUGUUAUUAAAUAGCAAACAGGAAGGCUGUACCAAAAUGCAUGAUGUUGUUCGUGAUGUGGCACUGCUAAUUGCAUCCGAAGGCAAUAACAAGUUUUUGGUGAAAGCUGGGCAGGGUUUAACUGAAUGGCUACCAAGAGACACAAGCUUAGAAGCAUAUACAGGAAUCUCAAUUAUUCAUAAUAAGAUUCGUAAACUUCCUGAUUAUAAGGUAAACUUACCACACCUUGAAAUUUUCCUUGAACAAGGCAAUCGCCAUUUAUCAAUGAUUUCGGGUGAAUUCAUUGGGUGCAUGAAAAAAGUUAAGGUUUUAGAUAUCUCAUGGAAUAGUAUCGAAUCCUUGCCACAAUCCUUUCAACUCCUGAAAAAACUUCGUACGCUCGAUCUUCGUGGAAAUGAAACUCUACGUGAAAUUUCAAUGCUUGGGGAGUUACAAGACCUUGAGAUUUUAAUUCUGAAUGAAACUGGAAUCUCUGAAAUUCCUAAAGAGAUUGCCAAGUUAGUAAACUUGAGGGUGCUUCAAGUUCAUGAUUGUUGGAAUUUAUCUCACAUAACAGAAGGUGUUAUAUCAGCGCUCUGGAGAUUGGAAGAGUUAUGUAUUGAAUUCAAGUUGAAGUUCAUUGGAGCUUCUGAUUGUAUCGUUGAGGUAAUGAGUUUGUCAAAACUCACAUACUUGGACUUAACGGUUCCAAAGAUUGAUGAUUUUCCAGCUCACGGACAAGGUUUUAAUUCUGAAAAAUUGAAAGGAUUUGUGAUACAGAUAGGUGGUUUCCAUCGGGGCAAUAAGAUCAGGAGGUCAGAUCGUUAUCUAACGCUUGAUUGUAAACACCUUGUGAUUCCAUUACCAAGGUGGUUAAAGAAACUGAUUGAAGACAGUCAGCCUCAUAUAUAUCUAUAUGGAACUAGAAACUUAAAUAAUCUCAUGCCGACCCUAUAUGAGGAAGGUUUCAAGAAGUUAGAGCAUUUUCAAUUGGAGCAUUGUCGUAAUGUGUCAUGCUUAGUGGAUGAUGGUACAAAAAGGUGUGAUGGGGAUGAAAGGAAAACAGAGGAAAAGUAUUUCAAAGAACUAAAACACCUUGAACUGAUAGAUCUAGUUAAUUUGGAGGUGCUAUGGAAAUGCCGAGAUGAAUAUAUCAAUCUUACUAACCUAGUCACUCUUCAUAUAACAAGUUGUGAUAAGUUAGAAAAAGUAUUCACAAUGGGUGCAGCACAAGGCCUUUUCAAUCUCAAGGAAUUGAGAAUUAAGAAUUGUAAAAACUUAGAGGCAGUGAUUUGGGGCGGAGAUGAUAAAUCUAGAAAUGUCAUUAUGUUCCCUUCCCUUGCCCAAAUAUCCCUUAAUGGUGCAUGGGGACUCAAGAGCUUCUACUCGGGUGGGAGUAAAAACUGUAGCAUCAAAUAUCCAUCUUUGGUGGAUGUUAAAAUCGAAUUUUGUAGAAGCAUGAAGAUAUGGGGACCUGGAAUCCAUGAAACACCCAAUCUCAAGUCAUUAGUGGUAAAUGGUGAUGUGCGAAGUUUAGAGCUGGAUGGAGCUAAUGCCAUCAAUUAUGCUAUGAUACAAGGAUAA